AUGGCCAACAACGAUAACGCUUCCAAUGAUGGUGCGGGCCGUACCCGUCGUGGUUCCUUCACCCAGCAAACGUUCACAUCCAUCUUUGGUGCCAGAUCCAAUAGCUUCGCUGGCGGUGCGGCACCUACCGCUCCCUUCCCAAGUGCUAUCAAUACCGGCUCACCACAAGACCAACGUCGCCGCAUGUCCAUUUCAACUCUCGGACUUUCGGGAACUUCCCCUACUCAGACAUCACCAUUCCCCUUCGGAGCUCGACGUGGCAGCGUUUCUACUGCAGGUUCUGAUUCCCUCAACGAGAGUGCGAUUGAUGAUGAUGAUGACCCCUCACGAAGCACACCUACCACGCCGUUUGCCCGAAGAAUGUCUUUUGGUGCACAGGCACUUCGACGUGCUCAACCCAAUGCCAAUCCAGGUACGAAUGGUAGAACUCCUUCUUAUACUACAAGCAAGCCAUCUGCUUUACCUACAAUCCCGUCUGGGCCGCGCAGUGCAGCCGCUCUUGCAGCUCACGAGCAAACCCAGACGGGAAGUGGUAGCAUUACCCCUCCACAAUCUCAAAAACAGGCAAGCACGCAAUCAAAGCCCAGAAUCGCUUCUGACUAUCCCGUUUCUGCUCGAACAGGUGAAGGUAGCGGCUUCAACUGGUCUGAGCAGCUUAGAUCCCGAGCCGAGAGUUCCGUCUCCCAGAAUACCCGGCCAUCCUUCUCUGCUGUCUCGCCCGGCGGAAGCAAGCCCAUUCAAGCCCAUGAUCGUACUAAGAGCGUCAGCGAUUUGCCGGUCCCUCCAGCAGCUAUGCCAGUUUCUCGGACCCCACCGAAGCCCGCUAGAAAGAAGCCUGAUGCCUUCCAGGAGCGUAUUCUGAAGGGCGAUUUCUACAUGGACUGA